AUGAUCGCCAAGGUGCUCUACAGCCAGCUGUUUGUGACUCCACCUCCACCCCAUUUCGACUGCUCGGGAAUGACCUUUAUCAUUACCGGCGGGAAUGGAGGCUUGGGCAAAGAGGCGGCGCGCCAUUUUGUCCGCAGCGGAGCGACAAAAGUCAUCAUUGCCUGCCGGUCGGUUGACAAAGGCGAAACCGCAAAAGAGGAUAUCGAGAGCUCGACACAGCGCUCCGGUGUGGUGGAGGUUUGGCCAUUGGACCUUCAGAACUACGACAGCAUCAAAUCGUUCGCCGCUCGUGUCGGUGAGCUUGAUCGUGUAGACGUACUGCUCGAGAAUGCCGGCAUCAACACCCAAAAGUUCUCACUCGCCGAAGGCUCCGAGUCCUGCAUCACCGUCAACGUCAUCAGCGUCUUCCUACUCGCCCUGCUUGUCCUCCCGCACCUGCAAGCCAUGGGCCAGCGUCACAACAUCACACCGACCAUUACCAUCGUCUCCUCCGAGGUCCAUGGCUUUACGUCUUUCCCAGAGCGCAAAGCUCCGCACAUCCUCGAGGGCCUCAACGAUGAGAAGACGGCAAGAAUGGUCGAUCGGUACAACGUGAGCAAGCUACUCGGCGUUCUGGCGUGCCGGGAAAUUGUUCAAAAUCAUCCAGUCAAGCAACUGAAGGUCACACUGGACCUCGUCAACCCAGGCCUCUGCCAGUCAGGCUUAAUGCGCGAGAUGGACUCGGCUUUUGUACGGGCAUUUCAACGGAUCGUGGGAAGAACGGCAGAGGUGGGCAGUCGGACACUGGUGCACGCUUCCAUGCAGGGCCCGCAAUGGCACGGGCAGUAUUUCUCUGACGGCCACCCUGCCAAGUUCGAAGGGAUUGUGCGCAGCAAAGAAUGCGCCCCAAUCCAAACCAAGGUGUGGACUGAGCUGGCGGCCAAGCUGGAAGAGAUCGAGCCAGGAUGUACAAAGGGUCUUGAAGCGUAG